GUUAAGAGUUCCAGAGGCCAUUUUUUUCUGUUGGAUAUUGGAAUUACUUCUUUAUUUUUUACAUUUGAUUCAUGUUUUAUUAUUUAUGUGUAUCUUAUAUUAAUCCAUAUGCGUGAAAUAUUUUUAUUUAUUUAGUUUCUUUGCUCAGUAUUGACAGUGAUGUUGUGUCUGGUCACAGUAUUCAUCCUCACGGUUUAUGGAAUCCACUGUUGUGUGGACACCGGUCCAGAUCAGAGUGUUAAUGUUGGGACAGAUGUCUACUUGUCAUGUAAUUUUUCAAAAUGUCAAGGACCUCUGGACGUCAUGUCUCUCAGUGUGGAGUGGGAAUUCCAGAGUAACUCAUCUUUGUCAAAAAUAGUCCUCUACUACAUCAAAAAUCAAACUGCACCAGCUUCUGGUGUAUUUUUUCAAGGAGAUGUUGAAUUGAGGAAUUUUAAUAUACUUCUACCAUCUGUGACCCAUGAGAACAAUGGAACUUACUUGUGCAGAUUGCGUCUUAAUGGCAUUUUUCACAGAAACCAAACACACCUUUAUAUCCGAUCAGCUCAGAGCAGGAGAAACAGUCCAGAAGUGACUGAUCUUCAGGCUCUUCAGACUCUUCCUCACUGGCUUCUGCCUGUGCUCUCGGUGACUGCGGUUGUGGUGCUAACUUCUACUGUUGUUUUGGGAAGAAAGCUUUGCAGAUCAAUCCAGAAAGCAGAUGACUCAAAGCAAAAUAUGGAAGAGGUUAAAACCAGCAGUGAUACCAAAGACAUGAGGAUCACUUACAAGGUGGGAUGCAGCUCUAUACCUGUACUAACAGAUGUAGGCAAUCCACCUAGCAGUCCAGACAACAUCUAUGUCACCAUGCAUGGUUUCCCCUUUCCUCCUGUUGCAGCCAGACACAGCAGACGUCUUCCUUCUGACUGGCAGUCAGAGAUUGAAGAACCCGUAUCCUGUAUACCUGCUGCCAUCGAGAUCAAGAAAAACUGAUCAUGCCGCUUGGUUCAAAACGUACAAAAUGGGACACAAACAGAAUGAUUUAUUAUUUAAAUAGAUGAGAGUAUAAAAUAUUUAAACUGUCAGGUAGCUUAAAACAAAGUGCCCGAGGCAUUUUUUGUUUAAUUUCUUUUCCCUUUUAUUAUUAUUCAGCAAAGUAUAAUUAUCCCACAUGUUUGCUUGAAUCGUAAAAGCAAGAAUCAUUUACUGUCAUUUCAAAAAAACUUAAAGUUCAAGGAAACUUCACCCAAAAAUUCAAAUUCUGUCAUCAUUUAUCCCCUUUACUUGCUUCAAAACCUUGUGAAUUUAUUUUAUGUGAAGAUAUUUAGAAAAAUGUUGUAAACCUGUAACCAUUGACUUCCUUUGUACUUGUUCUUCCUACUAUAAAAGUCAAUAAUUACAGGUUUUCAGCUUUCUCCCAAAAUAUCUUCUUUUGUGUUCAACAGAAAAAAAGAGAAUCAUAAAUGUUUGCAACCAUUUGAGGUAGUGAACAGGGAGUAAAUUUAGUGCAUUUGGGUGAACUAUCCCUUUAAGCAGAGAUGCCCAAACUAGGGCCCGUGGGGCAAAGAAGGAAAAAUGAAAGGAAAAAAAAAGGAAAAUGAUUGGGAUGUGUUGGGCAAUGACUUUAACAGAAAUUGUCAUUUCUAUUUUAAUGUAAACUUUUGUUUGUUUUAUUGUUGAGCUACAAAAAAAGCAAACUGAAAAUAAAUGUUUUAAUUAAAUGUUGUACAUGAAUCAGAUUUUGUAAAAAGUACAUACAGUGCUGUCACUUAAUGAAUAAGGGACAAAGCAGAAGACAUCAGCGUGCAAAUUAGGCAAAGGCAGGUUCAGCAUGACUAGUGUUUUUGGCAUUGAACUCAAUUGUUUGGAUCUUUAAAUGUUCAUUUUAAUGGUUUUGUUGUAAAAAGGUUGUUAAAAUAAUAUACAUUUUCAAAAAAAAAAAAUAGAAUGCAUUAGUAAAUAGGGUUGAAGCUAUUUUUUUCUAUUUAUUUAUAAAUAUUAUGAAAAGAAUUAGGAAAUUAGCUAUGGCAACUAUAAUGCAAUAGCUAUAUUUACUUUCGGCCAACAGCUCUCAGUCGAGGUUGGAUUUUGACCAUUCAUAAGAAAAGGCAUGGGCACCCCUGCUUUUAAGGAUCACACUGCAGUUCCGAAAU